GAAGCCGGGGUCGUCUACCUCGAGGGCUUCACGGCAGUUGACAAGGGCAACCUCCGCCUCUCCAACGUUGUCACCAACGACGCGGCCAUCCUGAUGAAUCUCCCGGGCGGUGGGCUUGACAGGCUUCCUCCGAAUGAUCAGGCGGGCGCAUGGAGACGGCACCUGAUGAAUGGAGUGCUGCAGUCACUGUGCCUUACGGAUGGGCAGGUUCUCUCAGCCCCCAGCUCGGUUCUUGCAGAAGAUGGAGGUGAUGAGCCUGGGGAAGAGGAGGCCAGCGAACAUGGAGAUGGGAAUGACGACGAGGACUCCGAGGAACCCCGGCCCUUUCCUGAGGAACCCGAGGAGAGUGUGUCACCUGGUCGGCGCGAUCGCGAGAUUCGGGCCUUGGUUGACAAGAUACAUGUGAACAUGGCGCAUUUGCCAAAGGAGAGGAUGUUGGUCAUGUUGCGUGCAGCCGGAGCGAAGCCUGAGGUGUUGGAGUACGUCAAAAAUCGCUUUAGCUGUGAAACUUGUGAGCGGAGGCAGAAGCAGAUACCACGGAGGGUAGCGGCCUUCCCCAAGACGUAUGCCUUCAACAAGAUUGUUGGAGGUGAUGUCUUUUAUCUGCCCUGGCAGGGGCGCUCUGUUCCGUUCCUGAAUCUCAUCUGUCACGGCUCGCACUGGCAGAGUGUUACGAUGAUUCGUCCUCUUCAUGGCGGACCUCCCUCCGGUGGGACUCCCUUGGCACAAGAAGUUGCCAAGGUCAUGAAUGAGGCUUGGUUCAAGCCCUACGGCGUUCCGGAAGUGAUGCUGACCGACGGCGGAAAGGAGUUCGCCGGCGAGUGUGAGCGGUUGCUCGAGCAGCACAACAUCUUCCAUCAUGUUUGUGAUGCUGAAAGUCCAUGGCAAAAUUCCCGGGCAGAAAGGCACGGGGGCAUAGUGAAGGACCGAGCUCGACGAGAAAUCGAGGAAGGUGCUGGGGUG